AUGAAAAAAGUGUUAACGCUUGUAUUCAUUAUCCCUAUCAUUAGGAUGGAGCCAACCUAUCGAUUCAGGAUUUGAAGGACAUUCUGUAAGGGAAUUUGGAUGUAGUAGUUGAAAUUCAAGAACAUGUCAAAAGCGUAUUAGUUUUAGCGAUAAAUUAGCUUAUACUUUAAUCCAGAAACACAGUGGAUUUGAUUGUGCAAAAGAAAAUCCCUAUUUAUGGAAUUAGCACUGGCUUUGGUAAAUUCAAAGAAGUAAUUAUCAAACUAUAUAAUCAGAUUUACAUUCCCCAUUAAGAAAUGGUGGAUCUGUAGAAGAACUUGAUUAUCUCUCACGCUUCAUGUGUUGGCGAACCAUUAAAACCAAACAUAGUUUUGGUAAUGAUGAUAUUGAGGUUGAAUUGUCUCAUCAGAGGGUUUUCUGGUGUGAGGAUGUCUCUCAUAGAGUCUCUACAAAAAGCCAUAAAUAAGAAAUUGAUUCCGAAGGUUCCAUGUCAAGGUUCAGUCGGGGCAUCUGGAGAUCUGGCACCGUUAUCACAUCUUGCUCUGGGACUCAUGGGAAUUGGUGAAAUUUGGAAUGAGGGAUAAUAUAUAGCUGCUGAGUAGGCUUUAAAAAUGCAUGAUUUUGAACCUCUUGAAUUCAUGGAGAAGGAAGGAUUGGCAAUGAACAACGGAACUCAAAUGAUGGCAGCAAUCAACUUAGAAACCUUAAUGAGAUCACAAUACGUUAUGAAUGCUGCAGAUCUAGCUUUGGCACUAACAAGUUAUGCUUUGUAGAGUAAUGUUAAGUAUAUUUAAUUUAGCCAAUUAUCAUUUCUUAAGAAAUUACUCUAAGAGUGAUAACAAAUCAAAAAAUAUAGUAUUCAGUUUAAUUGGAGAAGGAUGGGCAGAUUAACUUAAAACUAAUCCUAAAAGUAUUUAGACUGCAUUUACUACUCAUUAAAUCAUUAGAUAGUCUAUUGAAGAGAAUCUGAGGAUUUUGGAAAGAGAGAUUAAUUCAACAAGUGAUAAUCCAAUAAUUGAUGUUGAACGUCAAUCAGCAAGAUCAGGUGGUAAUUUUCAUGGAGAAUAUAUGGGAAUGCUGGCUGAUAAUAUGUGUAUAGCCCUGCAAAGGCUGUGUAUAUUUAGUGAGGUAAUAGUAUUGCAUUUAUAAACAAUUAGAGAAGACAAGAAAGGUUGGUAAACUCAGAAAUUGGAGAUUGUGGAUUGCCUAUGUUUUUGACAUCAAAAGGAGGAUUAUUGAAUGGAUAUAUGAUUCCUCAAUACACCAGUGCUGCUUUGGUUUCUGAGAAUAAAGUACUCAGUCAUCCCAGUUGCAUAGACACAGUUCCAACAUCUGCGAAUAUAGAAGAUCAUGUGUCAAUGGGAGCCUAUAGUGCUAGAAAAGCAUUACAAGUUGUUUAAAAUGCAGAGUACAUUAUUGCUAUAGAAUUGAUGUGUGCAGCAUAAGGAUUAGAAUUUGCAAAAGUCUAGUUGCCACCUAAGAUUUAAAGUUGUCUCAAAUUCAUCAGAAAUAUUAUACCUGAUGUUAAAACUCAAGUAAAUUCUGUAAAAAUACUUUAGGAUAUCUUUAUGAGCUAAUACAUCGAAUUGAUGGCUAAAAAUCUCAGGGAUGGCCAGAUUAAUCAAUUAAUGGAUGAAUUAUAAUUAUUAUGA